UAGCUUUGACAAGCCUCUGCAUUGGACUAGUAGCCACUUAGUCAAUGACCAGCUUUUUUUUCCUUCGAAUUCUCUCCCCUUCUUGGACACACAGGCUCUGAUACCGUUACUGACCGGAAGUCUGUAAACCUGAGGUAAGUAUAAUAAUGCUCAUGCGAUGUCGACUUUAGCUUUAGCUUGAAGAACCAUUAUGAGAGGUGGAGGAUUAAUGUGGAGCUAAACAACAUUAGAGAGUUUGAGAUUGUGCCUCAGGAAUGUGUAGCUUACAUCAAGCAUUAUAUGACUUCUUCUCAGUAUGAAGCAGAUUCUGAGAGAGCCAUUGAAGAGGUCAAGCUCUACCUUAGCAGUUGCUGCACUUUGGAAGCGAACUGAAAGAACAGAACUCAAGUCAAUGGCCGGCGUAAUCCCAUGUGCAACCCAUCAGAUCUUUUCAUCACCCUCCAAACAUAAACCAUUCACUGUUCCCAACCUUUCUCUGUUGCUUUUCCACACGCUCCCCAAGUGGAGCGUGGGAAAUCACUGUUCCUUAUAACGCCCUCAGAGCCAAAAGGGGGAAAAAAAAAAAGAGACAAAGCUCACUGCUCACCGUUCACUUCUGUCGCGCGCCGGUGACGCAAUUCGAGAAAGACCCACAUGUCUCUUUAGAGAAUUGUUUCUGUCGUUCUUUCUCUUCCUCUAAACUCGAUUUGAGAUUGAGCCUUUUGGGUUUCAAUUUCCUUUUGUUUCUAUGAAGUUUUAGAUGUGUAAAUUGAUGACCUUUCUGGAGGCUCGAUAUUGAAAACCACUGAGGGUGCUUUCAGAAGGACAACAAUGGAGGCACGCCCUGCUUUAUCUAUUCAGAGAUCAGGUGCAAAGCAGCUGAGUAACCUUGGGCUGUCUGCAGCUCUGUCUUCAUCUUUGCCGGUCCUGCCAACCUCUCUAGAAGAGACAUACCCAAAAUUAUCAGACUCUCAACAGGUUUCCAUGGAAAGGGGUCUUAUGACAAAGCCUGUUGUCCAUGCAAGUCAAUUAACCGCUAACAGUGGAGUAGUUGGCCAUCUAUUUUCAUCAUCUGCUGGCUUCUCAUCAGACCUUCAGUACUCUUCUGUUUCACCUCUGGAGAAACAUUCUAGGAACACUCCUUUCAUUUCUCAAUCAUCUACAAACGUGACAGCUUUGACAUUGCCACAAUCUUCACAUUCAAGAUUCCUUCAAUCCACAACGUCAUGUCAGUAUGUCAAAGAAACCAAUGCUUCAUGGUGUCCUGAGUCACUGCCUGGUUUUCUUGAUUUUCCUGUAAAUAACCCUGUCCAAAAUAAUCAAAUAGAAGGCAACAGUUGUGGUGUCAUUGCAUCUGAGGAAUUUAGUAUACGAAGUGAUUGGCAGGAAUGGGCAGAACAGCUGAUCACCGAUGACGAUGCUUUGACGUCUAAUUGGAGUGAACUUCUAAUUGACACCAGUGUUUCAGAAACGGAAACAAAGAUAGCAUACCAGGUGUUGAAACCAUCUUCAAAUGUUCCAUCACACCAGCCCCAAGUUCAUCAACAGUGUCCUGCUUCUUCUGGAGAAAUUCGUCCUGUUCUUACCCCUACUUCCUCAGCCAAUACUGCCCCAUCCAAGCCACGCAUGCGUUGGACGCCAGAACUUCAUGAAGCCUUUGUGGAGGCUGUCAAUCAGCUUGGUGGUAGUGAAAGAGCUACUCCAAAAGGUGUGCUGAAGCUCAUGAAAGUUGAUGGCUUGACGAUCUAUCAUGUAAAAAGCCACUUGCAGAAGUACAGGACAGCCAGAUACAUACCAGACUCAUCAGAAGGAUCCUCAGAGAAAAAAUUGACUCCUAUGGAUGAAAUAUCAUCUCUUGACUUGAAAAAGGGUAUUGAGAUUACCGAAGCUCUGCGAUUACAGAUGGAAGUUCAGAAACGGCUGCAUGAACAGCUUGAGAUUCAACGAAAUUUACAGUUACGUAUAGAAGAACAAGGGAGGUACCUCCAAAUGAUAUUUGAACAGCAGUGCAACUCAGGUGCUGACAAGCUGAAAGCUUCAUCAUCUGCUAUGGAGAAUCCCUCUGCUGUAUCUUCCGAUGCAAUCCAUGAUUCCCCUGCCAAAAAUGAAACGGAAACCUCCCAGUCAGACCAUGGCAAGACAAACACAGACACAAUUGAGGCCAAGUCUCUAUUGCAAGAAGGAUCACAUGAUCCAAGUGAGAAGCAUAAGGCACCUAAAGUUGAAGCUUCUGAAAAUCCAGACCCAGAUAAUUGCAAACGUCUAAGAACAGAUGCCUAAGCCAUCAGCAUGUGGCUGACAAGGUGACAUUGAUUCGUUGGAAGAUUUAUAAUCUGAAGUAGGACAGGACCUAGAUGACUUAUAAAAGAGCUUUAGAAUUUUGAGAUCCUCCUGCUUCUGUUUCUAUCAUGUCCAUGAUUGCAAUUUUCUUGUGCACUCUUAUUUAUCCCAUAAACAAGGCUGCUAUAUAAGAAAAUUUUUGAUUGAGGAA